AUUAAUUAAUGACAAUAUUUUGAGAGUAAAAGCGCAAUUAAUGCUAAGCAAAUGCGAUGAUGAGGGUUUAACCCAUCUGUUGACGGUGAAACUUGGAUUUUCAUGGUUGCCGAAGCUGAGUCUGCUUCGCAUUGACUCGGCCAUGUUUUAAUGCAGUGGCUUUAACUCGAACCCAGCCAUGCCCAUCUAGGCUCGCCAUUUCCUGAACACCUCGCCUCUUUCAACGUGGUCCCUACCCACACACAACCAAGUUCGCGAUUCUACAACUCACUACCUCCUCUACUUUGUGCUCUGUCCGAUUAUUCUCUCGCCAUGAUCAAGUCGAUUGACUCGAGCAGCGCUGUGCAGUACGCUGUUGCUUCGCCCACCCAUGCCAUCAACGACGCAGUAUUAGUGUUAAUUUCUUACUCUACCAACGAGACUACUAGCCGGGCUAGGCCUUUCACUCAUCGGAGAAGCUCGUCUCUGGCAUUUUUAAUUGACACACUCUCAUAUUUGCAUUCAGUAGAACUUGAAUGUGAAAUUCACAGCGAGUGUCUCGUCCGGUUCACAACUGAGUGACUCGCGAGAGAAAUCACUGAGUUUCCGACACACCACGACCUUAAACUUCAAGGAAACCCCAAUUCUCUCAUCGAGUAGACUCAACUCCUCACCAACUGAUCUCAACUGCUCAUCGCCACCAUUAUCAGCGACAGCGAUGAUUUUCACCAUUACUGGCUUUCCGUUCUAGCGCUUGGAGAGUGCAUAAAGAAAAUUUUUGUAC